AUGGUUGGAUAUGCGAGCUCCAAGCCCCAUGGCAACCAGGAUGGCAACGAUGACCAGACGGGGUCGGAACAGUCGGCCAGACGGCAGAAGGAGGAUGCUACUCUGGAGACAGUGAAGAAGGACAAAGAGCAGGAUUCGGAGGACUCCUUCCGAAGAGCACCCUCCAUCAUUUACACCGAACGGGUCCAAGGUGCGUCCAUGGCUUGGAAAGACAUCAACAUGUUCGUCAAAGCAGGCAAGUGUUGCUCAAAAACAAAAAAGCAGCUGUUGACAAAUGUGAGUGGACACAUUUCGAAAGGGGAGAUUAUGGCGCUGAUGGGACCUUCAGGAAGUGGGAAAACGACUAUUCUGGAUGUAUUGGCAGACAGGGUUAAGAAAGCGGAGAUUACAGGAGAAAUUCUGAUUAACGGGAAGCCACGAGAUCAAAAGAAGUUCCGCUACAUCUGCAGCUACGUGAGUGUGGACGAUGAGUUCUACGAAGUGUUCACAGUUAAGGAGACAUUGAACUUCACCGCCGCCCUGGCGCUGCCCAAAGUGUCCGGGGACAAGCGGAAGGAGAAGGUGGAGAAAUUGAUGCAGGAGAGCGGCAUGACCUCAUGUGCCGGCACUAAAAUAGGAGGAAAGGUGUUCCGGGGACUCUCAACAGGCCAACGGAGACGUCUGAGCAUUGCGAUGGAGCUGUUGAAAAGUCCGCUCAUUCUGUUCAUGGAUGAACCUCUCUCAGGGCUGGACGGAUCUGCCGCCGUCAACAUCAUGGAGUGUGUUGAGGGAUUGGCUCAAGCAGGAGUCGUAAUGUAUAGUGGACCAACAGGGCCCGUACUGGGCUUCAUGGAGAAGGCUUCGGGCAGAAGGUGUCCAAAAAUGACCAACCCACCAGAUUUUUUUCUCAACUUGAUCAACGCCGACUUCGACGGCCAUGCGGACAUCAAAAAGAUUGCACGUGAUUACUUGCACAGUGCGGAAAGACAAGACAUUCAGGAGAAGAUUGAGCUGGCGAGAACCAUGGGGCGCGGCGUCGAUGACCGACUAGUUCGUAAGAGAUGCAACUACUGCAAACAGAUUGGUCUGCUGACAAAGAGGAGUCUGAGGAAUGGCAUCUUGCAUCCUGGACUCUACUGGUUCAGACUCCUAGUCUACAUUCUUCUCAAUAUUAUAGUCGGCACGAUGUUUCUUCGAACGAACAAAGAUAUAACGGAUGACAUUACGAUGAAGAUGUUGUACUUUGUGCUGUGCUACGUGGUCAUUCUGUCAAUCUCCGCUCUCCCAUUUUUAAUCGUUAUGCGACCAGUUUUCCUCAAAGAAAGAUCCAAUGGUUUAAUUGACACUGGGCCAUAUGUCAUCGCAACGUUUAUAGGCAUGAUACCUGGUGUGUUGGUGAUUUCUCUCGUGACGUCACUCAUGAUUGUGUACAUGACAGAUGUAAAUGGGUUCGGUAUCUUCUUCGUCACCACCUUCCUCGUCCUCAUGAAUGCAGAGUCCUUCAUGUACAUGGUGUCCACAUUCACAGACGAGCACGUGACUGCCACUGCCAUGGCGGCCGCCUUCUUCGGCACAUUCAUGAUUUGUUGUGGGUUCCUUCUACAGAGAAGCCUCAUCCCGGAUUACUGGAUCUGGAUGUACUAUCUAGCCUUCCACACGUAUGCCUUGAGAGCCUACAUAUACACUCAUCUGGACGGAGUGGAUGGGAACAAGACCGAGGAAGCGAUUGCGAAGCAUCUUCUGCAAGAGAUUGACAUGGAUGACGUGGACAUAGGAACGGAGCUGGGAGUCCUGACCGGAUACAUGUUCAUCGUGUUCUUAAUCUUCACACUGGUGAUGCAGUUCAAACACACGGGCAAGAAGUAG